GAAGGUAGGCUAUCUGAGGUCUGCCGAUGGAAAUUAGCUACAAGCAGCAGGCUUGUUACGCAUUUAUUAUUCAGUAAUGUGGUUAUUGAGAAGUCGGUUUGCAGCCAAAUGAGAAAUUGAUAAGAUUCAUCUGUGAGCGAUGGUGGAGCAGGCUGGCCUGUCCAACAUGCUGUUUGCUCUGGAUGAAUGAUGUAGAGUUGUUUAAGUCAAGUUGCAUCCCGCAGUAAUAUACUGUUGUUGCUGCUCCUUUAAUCUGCUGCGUGUAGCAUAGUGAGACUACAUCCGCAGAAGGUGUAAGGUGACACUUUUGCUUUUCUCUAAGGCUGACACCCCCCCACCUCCCUCUUCAUAUAACGGCAGAGCGCUCGCCUGUGUUAUUUCAUUACAGGUGCUCUGAUGCCGAAGAUGACGUCAGUGUUCGGCGUCAUUCGCUGAGGUAGAGGAUAUUUCAUGCCAGAGAGAUUAAUCACCUCAAACCCCCCCCCCCCAAUCGCCCCUGAUCCAUUUGACAAAAUCUAUUCCCUGUGGAGCGUCACACUAUGAAAGCAUAAUCAGACAGUAAAUACGUUUGUUUAUCGUUGAACUGUAAAGCGUGUUGAGCCUCGUUGAUGUCAACGAAACACCCAGGCUGCUGCGUCAUUCACAGCCUUUGUAUGAGAGAGAGAGAGAGACAGACGGUACAGCUGUUCUAUUGAAUCUGGAUCGAAAAGUCAUGAAGCUGCUUCUCUGACUCAUCAGUUCUGUGACGUUCCGGUUUCUCGGCUCGUGUGAUGCCGACCGGCAUGUCAUCGGCUGGGUGGAGGAGGAGAGGACGGGUGGGGGAGGAGACAGACCAAGCAGUCCCAGCCACCACCAAUCUUCCCUUUUUUUCCCCCGAGCAAAUUCCGAUGCAAUAACAACAACAGAAAUGUUUGCCACUGUGCGAUUUUGCAGUCCAGUAAUCAGGAAUUUGAGUGAAACUGGGCUCGAAAGAUAUGUUUGAGAAAUGGGUUCAAACGUACAGGUGAGGGAUGGAAAAGAGAUGUGUGUGGGAGGGGAUGAGUUUAGAGGUCGGAUGCUGAGGGGAGGUAGAGGAGAGUCAGUGCUCUGGUUUCCUGGGGGGGGGGAAUGGUGUUAAAUGUGAUGAUAGAACACAGACAAGGACAAGGCUGAUUUUCAUUAUGCGACUGCAGCGACUCCUUGAUCACUGCUUACUUGUUUUGCCUUGUGGUACGAACAAGUCUAGACUUUACAUCUUUUUCCUAUUGGGAAACAAUUCAGGCGGUGCUGAUUUGAAUUUGAAUAUAAUCAAGUUCACAGGGAGAGCGAUGGAGACGGAAUAAAUAAUACGCCAGCUAGUUGAGCAGGGCACGAAAUUGGGGAAAUACCUUUUUACGAUCAGCAUUCAGGGGUUGUCACUGUAAGCACAGUUUUUCGCCCUAUCACACAGCCCACUCUGCUCCAAUGGAGAGGCACAAAAAGCAGUGAUUCAGUGGAGCCGCCUCUCCAUUGGCUGGAGCUGUUAAGGGGCGGGGCCUUGCCACAGGCUGGUGUGCAGGAAGGGGCUGGCUUUAAGGGGUGUGGGGGAGUUGGCUGGAAGUGUUUCAGCCAGAUAGUUGGAGGAGACACUCUUCUGCUUCCUGCCUGCCCGCCUGCCUGCCUCGCUCUCCGAGAGACUGAGAGAGAGAGAGGGAGAGAGAGAGCGAGAGAAACUCCCUGUCUAGGCAUGGACCCCCGGCUGCAGCACUCGGCAGCUCGCGAGGAAUGACAACAGUUCACUUGGUCAUUAACUCCGGUCGCUGAGGCUGAAGGGAAAGCUGCACUGUAGCUCAGUGUCACAGAAGCGCCGGGUGCCUCCUGUGUUCGGGACAGCAGACAGACAGACAGACAGACAGACAGACAGACUACGGGACCCAGUGGAAACGAGAUUGCUGACAGAAAGUGCCUUGUGAGACGACAUCUUACUUGAAGAUCUCCCGGGCGUUUUUACCCGAUUUUUCCCUUUCUUGGCUGCAAACCUGACCCCUGAACUGUUUGUGUGACCCCCAAGCGAAGCGGGCGGAGCUACCGCACUGCUGGCCGAGGUGCCAAAGCUCCGAGAGAGUAAGUCGCGAAGACUUUUGAACAAUAGGAAGCCACAUACUUUGUGUUCGAAAACUGUGCCAUUGCACCUCGAAAUAGCACCACUUUUGCCCCUCCCCCCCCCCCCCCCCCUCCAAACACCCACCCUUGCACAGAUAUCAUCACUCAUACGAAGGUCAUUUUGGAGACAUUGGUACAACAAGUAGAGCUUGUCUCUGAGCAUGCCCCCUCUGCCGUGUCAGAGGUCUGCACCCGGGACUUACUGAUUGAUGAACAAUUAUCUGUGCGACUGACGAACCCCACAACAGCAGUGCAGUCCCAUGCGCCGGACACCGAGACUUUUGCCAGUCCAUUGCCUCUACUUUCCUGUCCGCGAGGACAAACCCCAUCCACUGACCUGAAGCAGAUCACUUAUAGCGGCAUGUUCCUUCACUUUUAGUCUUUGUAUUUUUUUCCCCACUGGAACACUCUGAAAACCUCCUCCUCAGAGGAUAGCCUCCUCCUAAAAAACCAAGUGGCUCCACUCCACCCCAGCUUCCGCAGCCGGCGUUGCUGACAUGGCUCUAAACAUUGCAUCGAUGCGGGACACAAAAUGGCUGACCCUGGAAGUGUGCCGGCAGUUUCAGAGAGGGACUUGUUCGCGCAGCGACGAGGAAUGCAAAUUCGCCCACCCGCCCAAAAGCUGCCAGGUGGAGAACGGAAGGGUGAUCGCCUGCUUUGACUCGCUAAAGGGCCGUUGCACGCGAGAGAACUGCAAAUACCUCCACCCGCCCGCUCACCUGAAGACCCAGCUGGAGAUCAACGGGCGAAACAACCUGAUCCAGCAGAAGACAGCGGCCGCCAUGUUGGCUCAGCAGAUGCAGUUCAUGAUCCCCGGCACCACCAUGCAACCCGUGCAGACGUUUCCAGUCAGCCAGGCCCUUGGCUCCGGCGGCGGUUUGAGCUACACGUCGUACCUGACUCCCAUGUCCCACAGCAUGGGCCUGGUGCCCGCCGACAUCAUGUCCAACGCCCCCUGCAUCGUCCCCGGCAGCCCGCCCAUCUCCGUGACCGGCGGCUCCUCCUCCAACCAGAAACUGCUGCGCACCGACAAGCUGGAGGUUUGCCGUGAGUUCCAGCGGGGCAACUGCGCUCGCGGGGAGACCGACUGCCGCUUCGCCCACCCGAGCGACAGCCCCAUGAUCGACACCAGCGACAACACCGUCACCGUCUGCAUGGACUACAUCAAGAGCCGCUGCUCCCGCGAGAAGUGCAAGUACUUCCACCCGCCGGCCCACCUGCAGGCCAAGAUUAAGGCCGCCCAACACCAGGCCAACCAGACAGCCGUGGCGGCGCAAGCCGCCGCCACGGCUGCAGCCAUGACUCAGUCGACUGCCAAAGCAAUGAAGCGACCCCUCGAGGCAACUGUAGACCUGGCGUUCCCACACGGCGUCCUCCACCAGCCCCUACCAAAGAGACAAGCACUUGAGAAGAGCAACGGCUCCCUGUUCAACCACAGUGUUUUGCACUACCAGCAGGCGCUGGCCAACGCACAGCUGCAGCAGCCCACUUUCUUUCCCACAGGGUCAGUCUUGUGCAUGACUCCCGCUAGCAGUCUUGAUCAUCCUGAAGUAAUUUUCAGGAAGGGAGUGGAGUGUCACGAAGCUGCACUAGGAAACCCAAAACAGCCCCAGUGUAAAUACUACUUCACCUCUCCCAUAGAGGUCCAGCAACCUGCAUGCUAAGAGUGUAACACUUCAAUUUAACCGUAAGAACUGCAGUGCCGGUGUAACACACACAUUUAAAAAAAGAAAAUUAAAAAAGAUAUAUACUGUAUGUAUUGCUAGAAAAAACAACUAUUAACACGAAAAAGUCAAAACUAUUCUUAUGUAUAGUACUACAUACAUAGCAGACACAUAUAGAGGUCAUUCUAACACCUGUUCUCCCAAAGUACCGUGGACCCCUUCUCUUUUCAUAUUUAUUCUGAAAACCGCUGCACAAUGUUCAUCCCUUUGGUUAGAAACAAACAAAAAGAGACGCUUGAUUUGCACUAUAUGAGGCAUAUAGUGCGUAACGUGGAUGACAGGAAGAGUCACAGAAAACCCGUGCACAACCGCACCAGCGCUCAAGACUGUUGUUUCUUUUCCUCUCUACCAAGUUGAAUGUCCUUGGGGCAGACAGGCUCAUGUUUUCUUAAUGUGACUGUCCCUGCGAGGGGAACCUCAGUGACCCUCAUCUGCCCCAGAUGCUGUUAAGAUGCCAUGAUGACACUUACCCCCCCUCUCCCUCCCCCUGCCAACUUUUCAUCUCCGGAAACAUCUUGCCAAAGCGGAAGAGGUCGGUGGAAUCAACCUGCCAGAAAGCAGAGCACCCUGAUCAUUUUCUUAUUUGCCAUUGCGUAAGCUGCUCACGACGCACCCUGUUUAUUUGUUUGGGUGCCGGGUUCAGUUCCUUGUUCAGGGGGGAGCGGUGGGAUAGACUGUGCACGGAUUUCUGCAUGCAGUCAGGACUGGGGGAGGACAGUCGUGGCCAUUACUGAAGAAAAAAAACAAAAAACAAGCCUAAAGGCGCAGGGAUUGUGCCAAGGGCUUGAGGGGUUCGUUCCAGACGCACCAAGCCCUUUUCGUGCGUGUGUGUGUGAGACUGAUGGUCUGCCGGCAGACUGGGACUUGAAGCGAGGUCGAGCAGGUGAUGACAACACCAGGCCUGGUUGGAGAGGGGUAUUAUUUGGGAGGGGGGGGGGGGGGGGGGGGGGCGAGGGACUUAAAGUGCUAAGACUAAACAAAACAGACAAAAAAAAACGGUGCAUUUGACGACGCUCGUCAAGCAAAAGAUGACUUGCACUUCGACUGGAGGGCUAUCUGUGACCGUCGGUUUGUCCUGUCCAACCCUACUAUCACCGAUAAUCCUGUUCCAUUUUAGAAAAAAAACUGUAGAAGUGCCUAAAAAAAGCUCAUCCACGACACAUUCAUCCGAGAGCGCAUCACCAAGAGACGCAGACGCGACGCCGCCGGCUGUCAGGAGCGUUGAAAGGACUCUUUUUUCGGGGGAAAGACAUCACAUUUAUCCGUAAAUCGUCGCUGGAAAAAAAAAAAAACCCCGGCGACCGUUCAUCGACAUCACAAGUGACUUUAUCGAAGAAGUUAAAGAAACCGACAAAUCAAAAAAUAGCUUUGUAGAAUGUUUGGUGACUUUCACGGUGUACCAUCGUUUCUUACCACGGUUUGAGUAGUUUACAUGAGGAAUGUGUGAGACAAAAAAAAUGUAUUGUAAACUGUGUAAUGUAUGUAAAAGUGUCUCUUAUUUUGAGAGUUUAUAUUCAUGGUUCUAGAAAUGUAUUCAAAGUUAUUUAAAGUUUGUGUUGUGUCUACUAUCAAGG